AUGUACUACAAGUCACUCUUCCCUGCUCUGCCAAAGGUCCCUGAAUCAAACAUCCACCACUUUCUCUUCGACCGGCCUGAGCAGCGAGAGUGGCCAGAUUACACAUUGUUCGUCAAUGCGGCUACCGGCCAGCGGCGUUCGUUCAGGGAAUUUGUCGAUCAUGUCCGCGAUGGCGCUACUGCACUAGGUGCCGAUGUGGUGCAAGGUGGUCUGGGUCUUUGUCCAGAAAAUGGAGAUCUUGUAGGCAUUCUGAGCGAGAACUCCCUAGAAUAUAUCGCUUUGGUGCAUUCGCUGUUAGCUAUCACAGUUCCAUUUGCACUGUUCUCAUCGUAUUCUACACCUCACGAAUUCGAAGCCAUCAGUUCCCUCGCGCAGGCAACUAGGAUUUUUUCCAGUCCCUCAUUGCUGCCACUCGCCUUAACCUCAGGCCUCCCCAAGGAUCGGAUCUACAUCCUAGAGGGAGAACGUGAUGGUUACACAAGUUACGACCAGCUCGUCUCCUCUGCUCGCAAGAAUAACAUCCCACGGCUGCCAGUCCGUUAUGCUAAUAAGGAUACUCUGGCCUUUCUGGUUUUUUCCAGCGGAACAAGCGGUUUACCCAAAGCCGUCAUGGCAUCCCAUGGAAAUAUCAUCCAUGCCCUCCUAGGACUGGUGGUACAAGCUACGGAAAUGGCUAAAAUCCAAGAGCCGGUAUGGAACACCCCUGAGGAGCUUGAUGUUCGCUUCUGCAUCCUUCCUGUCUACCACUCGUACGGCCUCUACUCGACCUGUUUUUACAACUUCCUCCAACCUUCCACGGUAGCCAUACUACCGAAGUGGGAUAUCAAUUUAUUUUUCGACAGUGUCCCGAAAUACUGUAUCACGACGGUAGGCCUCGUCCCAUCGCUUAUACACCAAGUGGUUCACCAUCCCCGCUUCGAAACUGCCGAUUUGAGCUCGAUUAAAAACAUAAGCAGUGGCGCUGCACACCUCCCACCUCAACUGGACGCCCAGCUUUGCGCCCGCUUGUCAGGCAUGGAAAGAAUUACAGAAGGUUAUGGUUUGUCCGAAUUCAUAGCGGUAGCUAUGAAACCCCUGCCUGGUAUGCUCGAUGGACGGGCCAAGAACAAACCUGGCUCCGUCGGAAUGCUGUUUUCUGGUGUUGAAGCUCGCAUUCUCCGUCCUGAUGGAUCUCUCGCGGGUCCAAACGAGGCGGGUGAAAUCUAUGUACGCGGGGGCGCCAUGGUGCUUGGAUACAAAGGAAAUAUCAAGGCGACACAAGAGGCAUUCGUCGAUGGGUGGCUGCGUACGGGCGACCGGAUGCGGAUUGAUGAGGACGGAGACACACUCAAAAUUUCGGGGAUGCAAGUUUCCCUUGUCGAAAUCGAGAACACGCUUCUGGCGCAGUCGGACAAGCUAGUCGUCGAUGUAUGUGUUGCAGGUGUUUCGGGCGGGCGUACCUCAGACGAACGUGUCCCGCGAGCAUGGAUCGUGCUUUCCCCGGCAGGGGUAGCGCUCGGUGGGAAAGAGGUCGUGGGACGGCUUGAUGCAUGGGUGCAGGAGCGGCUAAGUCGGUAUAAGUGGUUGAGGGGGGGAAUCGCUUGUGUGACGACGAUUCCAAAGUCGCCAACUGGAAAAGUGUUGAGGCGGUUGCUGGUGGAUGAGUACGAAAGGGAUGAGAAGGUACAGGCUAAGGCGAGAUUGUGA